AUGGGCUCUGACACAUCUCUCUGCGAGCCUCCCCAGGGCUACAGACAGCAGCUGCCCAAGGCUGAGGACAGCGGGGUGGGCUUGGAGAGCCCCUGCCCUGCUCCUGGCUGCUCCUCUGGCAGCGGGAAUGCCAGCCCAGGGGAGCCCGGGCUCUGCCAGGAAGAUGUGGAGUUCCGGGGGUACCUGCAGCAGUCCAAGGGCAGCGGGGAGCCAGAGCAGGCCCCGGGCAAGGGAGUGCCCCUCUCAGGCUGUGCAGGGUCCGUGCAGGGCCCGGGCAGCACCGACACCGUGCUGGACAUGGAGUGCUCCGAGCUGGCUGUGUCCAAAGGGUACCUGAAGCAGCCCUCGCCCGAGCGUCCCCUCACACAGGACCUCGCUCCAUGGGGAGCCCCUGAAUGGGAUUUCUCCAGCCAGGUGGGGCCCCAAGCCCCCACUCUGCUGAACUGGGCAGCUCCAGGUGAUCCACUGACCUCCAAAGCCAGUCCUGAUCUGAAAACUCCCUUCAACCUGAACAUCUUCAACAACUCUGCCUUCCUGGGGACAGCUGCUGUGUCCAGCCUCAGCUCCAGCUGGAUCACACUGCCCAUCACGCCCCUGAGCUGGCUCAGCAGGGACAGCAAGGACAGCUGUCUGUGACCCGUCCCCUGGGGACCACAGCCCUGCUCUCUGACCCAACUACCUCGUCUGCCACUGGAUAAGCUACCCCCGACCCCUGAAUGUUCACAGUGCCAGGCCCAGCAUGGCCCAGGAGCACCAGCUCAGCCACUGGUGGGGCUGCUUUGGCCCCAGUCCUGCUGUGGGCACCCCCAGUGAUCCCUCCAGCCAGUCCAGCUAACGGGAGACAGGGAUCCACACCAGGCACCUCUGCCUUGUCUGCCCAGCAUGGGCUCAGGGCCAUCCUCAGGGCCUGGGGCAGUCCUGUGCUUUCACUUCCCCCUUUCCUGGGCCAGCUGGGCUCCUCCUGCUGAUGCCCACACUUGUGAUGCCCUCCCAACCUUUCACAACACAGAGGCCGAAAGCAGACGUCAGCCUGACAUCAGCACCCUGCAGCACGGGGCUGCUGCCCUGCCUGACCCCACAGGGGUGGACCAAGAGACUUUUCUGACCCUGCAGAGACCCUUCAGCAUCCAGCCCCUGUGGGACAGCCCCAGCACAGGAUAUGGGAUGCACCUACGAGCCCAGCGUGGCAGUCCUACCACACUAUGGUCUGUCUACAGACAUUAUUUAUUGCAUUUCAUUUGUAAAUACAGAAAAAAACGUGCUGUUAUUUAUUUGGUCCAUUUGUUCAUCCUCUCCUAAGGCCAAGCUGAGCUCUCUGUUUCUGGAUUUGGACAUUCCCCAUCAGCAAGAGGCAAUUUGCCUGACGUGGUGAAGAGCAUUCCCAUGUCACAGCUGGGAAAAGGGAGAACCAAGCCAGCUCUCCAAGAGCUCCUCACACACCUGAGUUCCUGGGGGGUUUUCCCAGGGGGAUUUGUGGGAACAAUCACCAGAGGAGCAGCAGGGAAAAGGGGCUGGGCCGAUCACAGUGAUUCCACAGGGAUGCACAUCCCAUGGGACAUCACCAGGGAAGGACAGGAGCAGAACAAGUCAAACCCAGGGGUGGAGGAAAGACAGCAGUCAGGGCUCUGCUCAGCAACGUGGUGUUCUGUCAUGGGCUGGGCUCGAUGAUCUCAGAGAUCUUUUCCAAACAAACUGAUUCUGUGAUGCUGUGAACAGUUGUCAUCAGAAUGGAAACAGGAUGAGACCGAACAGCUCAGCCUGGGUCACCUGGGUCACAGGGAAGUUUUUCCAAAAGGCACCUCAUUUCUGGGAACCUUCAUGGUGGGAAGUAAAACUGCUGGCAAAAACCCUUCUUGGGGAAUGUGGUUUUCAGGUGAAGGGUUUUUGGUUUUAUUUUCAGUUUUUCCAGUGCAGGCAGGAGGAGGGGGCUGAUCCUUGCUGUUUCCUUCUUUUCCAUCUCCCGUGGCACUGCUCACGUUUGAGAUCCAUCCCUGCAUCCCACAGGGAUGUGGAGGGCACUGGGAGCCUCCUCCUGCCCCUCCACUGGUCCCAUCUCUUCUGCCUCUGUGUAUUUUGGGGGUUAGAGCUUUUUGCUUUCUUUUUCAUUUUUUUCAACUUCCUCUGGAAAACGGAGUCGUCAAAAACACGGCUUUUUUUUGUUGUUCUUUGAAAGGCCGCUGACGUCAGGCCCCAUGGCUGGAUCCUGCGUCAUGCAGGGCUCUGCUGGAUCCUGCUCACCACGGAGGGCUCCCAGGCCCCAGGAGGGGGCAUUUCCCCCUCUCCAUGAGCAGUCAGAGAUCUCCUUUCAGCCAGGAGAAAGCCACAGACCACAGGGUUUAGCUUUGAUAGCCGAGAGCACAGAUGGUCCCUCUGACUCGCUGGAAAUCCCACUCUAUCCUCACUGGUUUCCCUACAACCACGUGGCUCUCUUGAGUUUUUCUUUGUUCUUCUUCUGACAGAAACUUGCAAAGAGAUGGUCCCAAGGCCCCCCCGUGUCUCGCCAGCCCCUGCUGGCCAAGCAGGGCCCCUCUCCCUGGCCACAGGCCCCCCUCUGCACCCCUGGCUGCAGAGAGCCACUGAGAACUGCAGAUGGAGGAGAUGCCCAGGGAAUUCAUGGAGUUUCUUUCUCUGGAGACAUUCCAAACCCACCUGGCUGCGUUCCUGUGUCACCUGCUCCAGGUGACCUUGGGUAGGGUUGGCCCAGAUGGUCUGCAGAGGUCCCAGCAAUUCUGUCAUUCUGGGAAGCUUUUUUAGCAACAGAAACUGCACCGUUGCCAUUUCAGUUGAAAUCCACCCAAUUCAGGAGACGUUUCUUGCAGAAGUGAAAAUGCAGGAAUCCUCCCCAGCCGGUUUUGGUUGCUUUUUCUGUUGGUGCCAGGCUGUGAGUGAGAGAGGCAGCGAGAGGAAGCGCUGCAAGGGCUUCUCCCCAUCCCUCUGUCCCUGGCCACACGUCCCAUCCCAGGGAAGGAAACACAAAGCA